AUGGCGGCGAAGAUAGCAAUAUUCAAUGCUGAUCAUCUCAAAGAAAAUCUGAAGAAAUGGGGCGAUUUCGCUGACAUGGCUAUUACAAUGUUAGAGCAAUCCAAAGAACCGGGGCUCGAUGUCAAAUACGUGGUUUUCCAAGUGCAUAAAAAUGAGUUUCCUUCGCUUGAAGAGUUGAAAAAGGGAAACUACGUAGGUAUUUACAUCACAGGCUCUGAGUCGGACUCUUUUGAUACACAUACCGAGUGGAUCAUCAAUCUUAGAAAAAUUAUGUAUACCAUCCUCACAGAACCCGAUUUUCCACCCGUCGCAGGAGUUUGUUUUGGGCAUCAAAUUGUCCCCGCCAGCUUAAAUUGUAAAGUUCACCGAAACAAUGUCGGCUUCGAGGGCGGUAUGGUACCUGUUGAAUUGACUACAGAAGCCCUUAAAUAUGGUUUGUUUCAAAAGUCAGGACGUGUGCCCACCAAUAGUAUCACAAUAGGCGCAGUGCACAGUGAUAUAGUUUAUGAGAUACCAAAAGGUUACUUUAACAUUUUAACCUCGCCGAAGUGUGAGAUACACGGGCUUUACAAGAAAAAUCGAGUCUUGACAUUACAAGGGCAUCCCGAGUUUACGACAGAUGUCGUAAUGAUUUGUGCGGAAAACGCUCAUAAGAAAAAACUGCUGAAAAGAGAGGAACUAGAGCACCUGAAAGCUCAGGCCUCUCAGCUUGGCAAUGAUGGAAUUUUUGCCUCAAAAUACAUAUGGAAGUUAUUUUAUGGGGAAAUCUAA